AUGGGCCCCUGUACCGCCUCCUCAUGCUGCUGCCAGGCCCGUAAUCUGCCAUGGGCCCCUGUACCGCCUCCUCAUGCUGCUGCCAGGCCCCUAAUCUGCCAUGGGCCCCUGUACCGCCUCCUCAUGCUGCUGCCAAGGUCCCAGAGUCUCUCAUGGGUCCCUGUACGGCCUCCCAUUGCUGCUGUCUCCAUCGCCACACUCUGCCAUGUGCCACUUUCAGGUCUCCUCACACUGCUGGUGUGUUCCAUUUUUUGUCAUAGGGUGCUGGCAGAUUACGGGCCUCCCAUAGCUGCUGCCAGGCUAAUCUGCCAUGGGCCCCUGUACCGCCCCUCAUGCUGCUGCUGCCAGGUCCACAGUGUCUCAUGGGGUCCCAAAUAAGUACGGCCUCCCAUUGCUGCUGUCUCCAUCGCCACACUCUGCCAUGUGCCACUUUCAGGUCUCCUCACACACUGCUGGGGUGUUCCAUUUUUUGUCAUAGGGUGCUGGCAGAUUAUGA